UGGAGUGCAGUGGAGCGAUCACAGCUCACUGCAGCCUCCACCUCCCAGGUUCAAGUGAUUCUCCUGCCUUAGCUGGGAUUACAGGCACCCGCCACUACACCUGGCUAAUUUUUGUAUUAGUAUAGACAGAGUAUUACCAUGUUGGCCAGGGUGUUCUCGAACUCCUGGGCUCAAGCUAUCCACCUGUCUCGGCCUCCCAAAGUGUUGGGAUUACAGGCAUGAGCCACCAUGCCUGGCCUUAGAUUUAUUUGUUUAUCUGUCAUUCACCACCCGGUAACAUGGAGGUAGCCCCCAUAAGGUCAGGGACCUGGUCUUUUUUGUUUACUGGUUUAUCCUCAGGCCUGCAGUAGUGCCUGGCACAUAGUAGGCACUCAAGAAAUUUUUUUUUUUUAAGACGAGAGUCUUCCUCUGUCGCCCAGGCUGGAGUGCAGUGGCACAAUUAUGACUCACUGAAACCUCAACCUCCUGAGUAGCUGGGACUACAGGUGCAUGCCACCAUGCUUGGCUAAUUUUUAUAUUAUUUCUGUAGAGACAGGGUUUCAUCAUGUUGCCCAGUCUGGUCUCCAACUGCUGGCCUGAAGUGAUCUUCCUGCCUUGGUCUCCCAAAGUGCUGCAGUUACAGGCAGCACUUACACUGUGACCAACCCAGAAAUGUUGGUUGAAUGAAUGCACUGCUGUGGCCACAUGGAUGGGGUGUUAUGACUGACAGCCUGCUCGAGCACAACCACAUGGUUAGUGUGGGAGGUGGGGCAGGUUCUCCAGAGAAAGUGGGAAUCAUGGCGCUAACAGAGCUGCUGGGGGAACUGGGACCCACACAGACCUGUGCCUGCCUGUGAGUUCUGAUGGUCUGAUACUUUCACAUACAUCAUUCCUUUAUUCCUCACAACACCCCAAAGAUGUAAACAUUAUUACCCCCAUUUUACAGCUGAGAAACUAAGGCACAGAGAGGCUAGGUAGUGUAUGACGGUUACUCAGGAUUUAAGGCUGAACUCUUGAGUUUUAGACUCUAUUGCUGUGUCUCUUUCAUUCCUGUCCUCCCACACUCACUAAACACCAAGGGGCAUGGCAGCUCCUCCCCCUGCUUUCCCUCCACUCCCCAAAGUCCCUACCUGGCCAGCCCUGUGAGAGAAGCCAGUCCCAGCCUCUCCUCCCUCUCCCUCAGCUCUGCAGGGCAGUCCUUGCCUGCUGGGAAAGGUUAACAAGGAGUGUUUGUAGCAGCCGCUGUCUCCAAGGAGAGGGGAGAAAAGCAGAGUGGUGAAGCCAGCAGCUACCCCAGGCUCCACGGUCGCAGCCUGCGAGGGUAGGAGGCAACCAGCUUGAUCUGUCCAGCCCUGGGGGAAGAGAGGAGUGUCCUCACCUCCCCCGAGCCUGGGAGGGGUGAACUCUGAGUGGACUGGGCAGCCUGAGAGCAAGGUCACUGCAGGGCCACCAGGGAAAGCUCUGGCAGGGACUGAGGAAUGUAGGGGAGCAGGGGCCGGGCCUGGCCUGGUGGCUGAAGCCAGUGGCAAGUAGCAGCGCUGGAAGUCCCAGGCUUUCAGGGAGUAGAGGGAAACCUCAGAAUCAGGGAGAACCUGGCCAAGACUCAGCAGCGGCAGAAGGAAAGAGGUGGCAGCGCCAGAGAGGAGGUACCCACCUCCUCCCCUGCUGGGGUCCAGCCAUGUCCCAGCCUGGGGGAGGCAGGAGGACGCCCGGGACCCUAGGGCCUCCUGUGUGCAGUAUCCGGCCUUUCAAGUCCAACGAGCAGUACCUGGAGGCCAUGAAGGAAGACUUGGCUGAGUGGCUUCGUGACCUCUAUGGGCUGGACAUCGACGCGGCCAACUUCCUGCAGGUACUGGAGACGGGCUUGGUGUUGUGCCAGCAUGCCAACGCUGUCACUGACGCUGCCCUGGCCUUCCUGGCUGAGACACCUGCCCAAGCCCAGAAGAUUCCCAUGCCCCGGGUCGGGGUCUCCUGCAAUGAGGCCGCCCGGCCAGGUACCUUCCAGGCCAGGGACAAUGUCUCCAACUUCAUCCAGUGGUGUCGAAAGGAGAUGGGCAUCCAAGAGGUGCUGAUGUUUGAGACGGAGGACCUGGUGCUGCGCAAGAACGUGAAGAAUGUGGUGCUGUGUUUGCUGGAGCUGGGCCGCCGGGCGUGGCGCUUCGGCGUUGUGGCGCCCACCCUGGUGCAUCUGGAGGAGGAGAUCGAGGAGGAGGUGCGGCGGGAGCUGGCCCUGCCCCCACCUGACCCCAAGCGGCCCGCGCCCCCCAGGCGCCAGCCCUGCCACUUCGGCAACCUGGACCAGAUGGUACAAAGCCUCGUGAGCCACUGCACGUGCCCGGUGCAGUUCUCCGUGGUCAAGGUGUCUGAGGGGAAGUACCGUGUGGGCGACUCCAACACCCUCAUCUUCAUCCGGAUCCUCCGGAACCAUGUGAUGGUACGUGUAGGGGGCGGCUGGGACACGCUGGGCCAUUAUCUGGACAAACAUGACCCCUGCCGUUGCACAUCCCUCUCACACAAGCCAGGCAGCUUCCUGAAGCCCCCGGCCCCACCAGUGCAGCAUGAAGUGAGGGUACAGGAUGGACCCUCUCAGACCCAGCCUAUGAUGACCGUCAGCCGCUCACAGAGCCCACCGCCCUCUGUGGACUGGAAGACAUAUACCUCUUCAGGCCGAAGGCCGAGGCCUCCCACUACAUCCACCCCCAGGACUCGCAGGGAGCCGGGAAGAGGGACGGGGGCCUCCAGAGAGAUGGCACCAUUCCUGAGGUGCCAGGAGAGGUCUCUCACCCCAUCUUGGAGGCAGGAGACAGCUGGGAACAGCCCACCCAGCCCCCAGUCUUCAUCUACCCAAAAGGGCCGAGACCCACAGUGUACCUUGUCAGGGAAGAGGGAGGAUAGAUACCCCCCUGAACUGCCCAGGGGAAGGACUCCCACAUCUUGGGUUCAUGAAGAAACAGACAGCCAGGGAACCCAUGCCAGGACCCCCACCUCCCAAAGACUCCUCGCCACUGAAGCCAUCACCAAAGGGAUAUCGGCAAGAGGACCAUCUCCCCUGCCUCAUUCCUUUAGCCCAGCCAAGCACCUGGGCCUCAGGUUGCCACUCUGGGAUGAGGCCAAGGGUGCGUUCUCCCAGUUCAGGGAGCCAGAGUCUGUCCGUUCUCCAACCCCUGUCCAAGGCCUAACCAAGAUCCCCACCCAGCUGCCUCCUGCCCAUCCACCAAUGCCAGGAAGGAACUUUCCUGGUACUGCAAGUAGAAGUCCCAGGACAGAACUUGGGAGAGAUCCCAUCCCAGUAAGGGCCAUCACCGCAGACCUGGCUGGGUUCACGCAGGGGGAUCAGCAGCUGGAUAUCCAGGUCACAGUGGAGGCUGGAGAGUCCCAGGACCUGGGCCCACAGGAGGAGGGGCAGUACAUGCCGGACAGGAACAAGGAGCAAGCCAUCUACUGUAGCCUUGAAGAGGAGAUUUUGGGCAACAUGACACUGCUAGAAGUCGGGGGUACCUGUCUGCAGGACACAGGGUCCGGGGUCAUCCCUCGCAGUGGGGUCUAUGUUCCCAGCCUGGGUGGGCGGUGGCCUGUGCCUGGAGGUCCUUAUGACAAAGUCAUUCAAGAAUUGGCUCAGGGCCCCCCGCCCCUCCUUAAAGUGGACCUGGAAGCCUGGAGGGCAGCCCUGACAGGCUCCCCUAAGCCAGCUGUUACCCCAGGCCCAGGAAGCCUCAAAGGGAAGUUGGGAGCCAGAGAGAGUGGGCCUGGGACAAAGGCAAGCCUGAGUGCCAAGGGCACCCGCAUGAGGAAGGUCCCGCCUCAGGGAGGGCAGGACUGCUUGACCCCUACUGUGUCUGCCAGCUCAGUGGCCCCCACACCUUCGGCCUUGGACCCCAACUCUGACAAAGCCAAGGCAUGUCUGAGCAAGGGCAGGAGAACUCUCCGGAAGCCCAAGAGGGUCCCGUCCAUCUACAAACUGAAGCUGAGGCCCAGGAUCCGGCCCCGGAGAGACCACAGGCCUGAGAAGCAGCCUUCACGAAUCCCCAAGCCACUGGCCUACGUCCGUCUGGGUCCAGCCAGGCUGUCCCCAAGGGACAGGCUGUUGAGAGCUGUGCUGGGCAGCAAGGAAGGGGAGGCAUCCCAGGUGGAUGGAGCUUCAGUAGGUGAGGAAGAGGAGGAAGGAAAGAAGAAAGAGCCAGCCGUUCCAUUGGAGAGCAGCCCCCAGCCUCCAGAGGGCCUGGGACCUCACCAGCUUGAUCAAGCCCCACUUCCACCUGAGGAGGAGUCCUGGGUCUGAGUCACAUGAACAUGCGGGGGAGGAGGGAAGCAAAAAGGAUGGCCAUGUAUACACUGGAUUCACAACUGCAGGAACAGAAGGGACAAUCUCUCACCUCCAUACAGGGGCUUGGGCAGGAGGGGGUCAGAAAACAAAUAUAGACUCCAUCUGUUCAUCUGAGCAAAGGGGCAACCCAUUGCUCUCACUCCAAUUCCAGCAGUAGGCCAGGGGCAAUGGGGCACCCUAUACCAAAUUACUCUCUCCCAGAACAGCACCACACACUCCUGGUCCCUGUCCAUGCCCACCUGUUUCCAUAACUCUCAUAAGUUAUUAAACUCAUGUGAUUCUG